GGAGGCGGCGGCAGGCGCGGGGCCGGGCGCGCGAGCCUCGGGGGCCGAGGCGGCUGCCUGGCUGGGGCGCACGCCCUCCCGCAGCCCUGCCCCUGCCGCGCCCGCCCGUCGCCAGCCAGGUUGAAAAGGCAACUUGAAGAAUCCAUGCGAGUCACACACAAAGUAUUUACGUUGCCAGACUACAAGUGCAGCUUAUUCCAUGGAAGUGGGAUCUUGGAUCCAGAGAAUCGGGAUCGGUAACGUUGUCAGUGGGAAGAAGGAAGGUCUGGAACUCGGUCUGUUCCUUGACGUGGGUGCUAACGUAGGCAGCAGCCGUCAGCCGGGAAGCAGUGGGGAAGAGCACAGAAGUCCCCUUUCCUAUCACAGGAGGCAGAGAGAGAAACACGUUGUACCUCACAAAGCCUGAGUCGAAUGUCCCCUUGUGGGGCAGCACUGCUGUGAUGGGCCAGGCCCUGGGCCUGGCCUCGGAAGAUGGGAGUUUUGAGCUUUGCUGUGCCACAUACAAGCUCUGAGAACUUGGGCAGAUUACUUCUCAGGACCUCAAUUCACCCAUGAAAUGAAGGAAAGAAUCAUCAUGGUUACAGAAGAUUAAAUGAAAUAAUGGAUUGAGGAGACCCAAGAAGGCUGGUGGGCUCAGCCGGCGAUCUCCACUGCCUCACCAUGACCGCUGAGAAUCCAGAGCCUGGAGACCUGGCCCUGGCGCCCCUUCUCACCUGCAAACUCUGCCUGUGUGAGCAGUCUCUGGACAAAAUGACCACGCUCCAGGAGUGCCAGUGCGUCUUCUGCACAGCUUGCCUGAAACAGUACAUGCAGCUGGCGAUCCGAGAAGGAUGUGGGUCGCCCAUCACUUGCCCCGACAUGGUGUGCCUAAACCACGGGACCCUGCGGGAAGCCGAGGGUGGCUCCGAUCGAGGCUGCUGGACCUGCAGGGACCCACAUGUCCCUCGAGUCCCCCUCCGGCCUGCCUGCACUUGCCAUCUCCCUCUAGCACCCUUUCUUCCCACUAAUGGCAGAGGAAAGGUUGCCUGUCUGGUUCCUGUGGAUCAGUUCCAGCUUUAUCAGCGGUUGAAAUUUGAACGAGAGGUUCACCUGGACCCCUGCCGGACGUGGUGUCCCGCCGCAGACUGUCAGACCGUCUGCCCCGUGCCUCCCAGCGAGCCGGGCCAGCCUGUGCUGGUGGAGUGCCCUGCGUGCCAGCGGAAGUUCUGCUCGUGCUGCAAGGACGCGUGGCAUGCGGAUGGCUCCUGCAGAGACAGCCAGCCCGUUGCCCUGCCAACAGAGCACGGGGCCCUCUUUGGCAUGGACGCAGAAGCCCCCAUUAAGCCGUGCCCCGUGUGCCGGGUGUACAUCGAACGCAAUGAGGGCUGCGCGCAGAUGAUGUGUAAGAACUGCAAGCACACGUUCUGCUGGUACUGCCUCCAGAACCUGGACAAUGACAUCUUCCUGAGACACUAUGACAGGGGGCCCUGCAGGAAUAAGCUGGGCCACUCGAGAGCCUCAGUGAUGUGGAACCGGACCCAGGUGGUGGGGAUCCUGGUGGGCCUGGGCGUCAUCGCCUUGGUGACGUCGCCCCUGCUGCUCCUGGCGUCCCCGUGUAUCGUCUGCUGUGUCUGCAAGUCCUGUCGGGGCAGGAAGAAAAAGCGCGACCCCCCCACCACCUAAGUUCUCCGCUCGUGUCCACGUGCCACACACAGGUGUCUGGGCUCUGCAGGACAGUGGACAGCACAGUGGUAAAGCCCCACUAGCGACCUUGCCUCCUCCUCCUCGCCAAACUUUGGAAGUGCCUCUGUGUCCAGACUUUGAACCUGUCCACCUGCCUUCGGCGUCAGAAAAGGACCAGCCUGGGUGCGUGUGUUCCUGUGUAAAGAGAACUGGUGUCUGUAGUACAGUUGGGGCAGCAUGUCGGGAGCUUUGGGGUGCUGGGGAAGAGCUAACGCAUCCUCACUUUAUCAUCCCAAGGAUCCCACCAAACUGUAGAAUUUCCAUCCAAAUUCCAGGAGCCCCGGGGAACAUGCCGUGUGAUAACCGAGCUGUCGGGGGGCAGUGCACAUGCUGGCUGAGGAGCCGGAGUCCGCUCUGUGCCGAUCUGACCCCCAUGUAGGGUGGGAAGGAGAAGGUCUAGACUAUAGACUGUAAGAUGUAGAAUCAUAAACAUAACCUUUAAAAUAGUAUGGUAUCAUGCCAUCUCAUUUUGUAAAAACUAAUGGAUAAUCAAGUUAUUUACGCAUUUUCAAACACAAUUCAGAGCAGCUCUCUUCUCAGCAAAACCUAUUUAGUAUCGCUCUUUUGGCAUCUAGUAGAGCAAUCGGAAUACUUUAUGUAUGAGAAACUGAUACAAUGACAGAAACGUGUAAACUACAAUGGAAAUGGUUUAUACAUCUUGAAUAGUAUGAAUUUGUAUCACCUCAUUGUGAGUUAUUUUUCCCAUUGUGCCUUUAGCCAGAUUUUGGAUAAAUGGGUUUUGAAAAAGUAAUUUUUUUCUUCAAUGACCUCUCAUUACUGAAUUGCCCUGAGCAAUUAGCCUGGUGCUUCUUGGGAACAUGUGACGUGCCAGCAGAGCGCUCUCCUUAAAGCUGGGUAGACCACAUCAGGAACGAUGAUGCUUUCCAAGGUUACGGGGUUCCUCGGUUGUUAAAUUAUGAAUUAAAGAAUGAUGCUUUGCUUAUGUGAUGGAAUGAAAUGGGGAUUGGCAUUUUUAAGGAACUUUAAUUCACACGUGCAUAUCGAUACUAACAGAUGUAUAGUACUUUUUUUUUACUGUUUAUAUAGAACAUAGGUGAAAACUCUGGGAAAAUUUUGAGUGGCAGCCAGCCAAAAAUAUUUUUAAUCACUUACUGGGAAAUUCUCUAUAUAAAGUGUCUCCAUUUCCCUUUGAAACUCGAAACAGUUCAGAAAAAAGAAAUCAAUACUAUCUCCUAUCAAUAUAUUUCAUACUCAUAUAAAUAUAAAUGUACAUAUAUUUGAAUAAUCUGGUUGGUUUUACAUUGCCUGAAAAGGGCAUUUAUAACUGCUCAGGGGAUCACAGGAGCUCAACUGGAAUUAAAUUUUUGUAUCAAGGAUGUCAGUCACGGCAAUGAACUCCCGCAUUAGGAACCUGUCUGUGCUUGGUUCCACGAGGAAUCUUAACAGGCUGAUUUUAAGUAACCUCAAAUGCUGUAUUAUCAACAAUAGAGCUCCUGAUUUCGAGUGAAGUUGGAAGAAAACAUCUAUACUAUUUCCUUGGCAAAACUAAAAAAAGGAACUUACCUUCUCACAGACACACUAGAACAGAAAUAACAUUUUUUUUGUGUGUGUGUGUGUGUGUGGAGGAUAGGAAGUGAGGGUUGUAUGUCAAACCGAUUUUAAAUGACUGGAUUUAAGUCUAUAAAGGUUGAAAAGUGCCUGCAAAAAUGAUGACAUCUUCCUUAAAGAGCUAAAUGAAUUGACCUGUGUGAGCUUGUCAGAAUCAACAGGAACAGGUUGGUAGGUUAAACCCAAAUCCAUCUCUAGGGCAUCAAAGAGCAACAUGCAGGCUGAUGUAGAAGCUUUGUUUAUAAAGGAGAGAGCUGACAACUUCGAUAACAGAGACUGAUGUUUUUGUUUGGGAUCGGUGCCCAGUGAAAGAGUUUAAUCUGUGUCCUUCCUUUGUCUGUAAGCCUCACCCUUUCCUAGUGAUUCUCUUUCUGUACUGGGAAGAAGUAGGGUGUUACAUAAUAAUGUUUGGUUGUUGGGGCAAAGAUCUUUUUGUGUUUGGGGUAGUAUAGUCCAUUUGAAAUAGAAACCAAAAUCCUUCACCAAGUUGUAAUCUGGAUGUCAUAACCCCCCAUCCAGAAACACCACUGGGUGUAACAGCAUGUCUAGCUCCUGACCCUGCUGGGGCUGUGCUCUUGUUAUUAGGCAGGGAAGUGAGGAGCAAAGCCAUAUGGAAGCAAAUUCUAGAAUCCUAAGCACUCUGUGUGUUCAUGCAACGGGUGUUUGUUCUGGACUUGAAAUCUCUAUUUUGAAAGAGUCCUUUGAAAAAUGAGUAAGUCACAGUGUGAAUUUCCUUGUAGCCCAUGUCAUGAAAAUCUUACCUAUCCAGAUUUGAAAAUCUACAUGUUUCUUUGAAUUAAAUCACUGUUUUUUGAAACCCCAAAUGGUCUCUUAAAAACUAUUCAGAACCUGUGUAUGUAUUCCUUAGCCUUCUCACACAGUGCUUCUGCAAGAUUUUCUGUUCAUGAAUGGAUGCCUUUAUGUGUAUAGAAUCGAGUAUAUAUGUGUACCUUUAAAGACAAUUUCUUAAUGCCUUAGCUGAAUGACAUUUUAUAAAGCUGUCACAGUUGAUGUCUAUAGGCAAUUAUAUAUCAUGUUGAUUCAUCAUCCUGAAAAUUUUGUUAUGUAUUUAAGAAAUUGCUGCUAUUAUAUUUUUCCAAUUAUUUGAGAGGAAAAUACCUUUUAGUCUCUGUAGCCCCAAUAAACGUGGAGCAGGAAAUUAAGAGUGUUCACCUUUGUUUGCAGCAUGUUUCCAGACACAUCGAUUUUACCCUCCAGGAAACAACCAAGUCACUAUUAAAUCCGAGGUUCAGAAUUUACAAGAAGUACCCAGAUCUGCUAUACUGUUUAUGGAAAUUACUUUUGCUACUUUGUUUCUUAAAGUGUUACCCUUAAAAAUAAAGCUCAGUUAUUCUCCCAGAAAAAAUAGGUUUAUUUGGGAAUAGCUGAGAAUCACAAUUUGGCACAAACAAGCUAUGGGAAAACUAGCUGGUCUGGAGAACAAAGGAGAGAACACUUUUUUUAUAGAGGAGGGGACCGAGUUGUCACGGCUGUUUUAAGCAAAAGGUCCAUUGGAGGAAACUGGGAGUCCCACAUAACAUGGCUUCUCAUUGGCUGAGUUGUGACAGCCUCUCAUUGGCUGAGCUGUGAAGCCUCUCAUUGGCUGAGCUGUUGCUGGGGUCGGAGAAAAACCUCUCUUACUCCUUCUGAAUAGUAAAGAGGUAACACAGUACUAUGGAUGGACUUGCAAGUUGUGUGUCUGGUACCUCUCUUCCCACUGGAUCAUCAAGACAAGUGAUAGGGUGUGAGAACUCUCUCCUUAAUGGCUCCCCUAACUCCAUUUUAGUAAGGUUUCCUUUUUAUUAAUUUUUGCAAAAGAAAUGGGGAGAAGUGCAAUGCCUUCAACUCAGCAGACUUUUCUUGUAUGUGUGGCAUUUCACACUGCUAGUGUGCAGGCAUUGAUCAUUAUCCAGAGAAGUAACCAAUAAUUUAGGUCUCUGAUCAUUCUAAUAAAAAAAAUGAUGUCAGGCAUCAAAGCCAUUAGUUCUGUAAAAUAAGGGUUGGGCUACAUGCCAAGUUCAGUUCUGACCUUACAAAAGUCUAUUAGAGGAAUACUUUUCCUUGUUCGGAUUUUUAAAGGAUUUACAUUCGUGGCAAGGUCAUUUCCAUUUGAUUAGUAAAUCAAGGCAGGACUCCUACUAAAGUUUAGUACCAGAAGUUGAUUAACAACUAGAACUAGUGUUUUUACAAAACUGAAUUCUCACAUCCCUAAGCUGAUAUUGAUGCCUUUUUAUUGAAUAUUAUAUGCUUCUAAUAUGAGACUCAAAUACAAAAAUAUAUAAUUGACCUAUAAUUCAAGUUUUAUUUUCUUACCAUUCAGUUUUGAGAACAUCAGUAAGGUCGUUUAAAACACGUUUGGCUUAUGGCUUCUUAAUUUGCUUAAUUGUCUCCAGAAAUGUCAACAUUAUUUCAUUUGUAAGUGCACUUAUUGUUUGCUUAACUGGAAUUAGUAUUCCCAGAGAACUCUUGAAUGAACCAUUUUAUACAGCGGUGAUUUUAAUGCCCUAACCAGCAGACUCAUUGCAAUGUAGAUUAUGAGUCUAGUGAAUGUGGGGAAUUAUAAUUACAUUUUUCUGUAAUUAAAAUAUUUUUAUUUGUUAGAUAAUAAAGCUAGUUUUCUUUAGACCUUGAAGGGCGUAUCCAACUCCAUGUUAUGAAAAAGAAAGAAAUUUCAAAUAAUUUAAUAGCAAUUAACAUUUUUUAUUUAUAUAUUUUUACAUACACUUUUAAAAGAAUUUUUGAGGACAAUCCUCUGAGUAAAUGGGAUAUUAGAUCCAUUUCAUAGAGACAACAAUGGUUUUGUGUUGUCUUGCCAAGGGUCACACUACUUAUGAGUGACAGCCAGAAAAAUAAUGCAAGACUCCUUUAAAGACAUUUUAUGCUCUUUUAUUAGUAAUUCUGAACCUUCUUCACUCCUAAAUCUGUAAGUUCCAAGAGACUAUAUUUCCCUCUUAAUUAUCUGCCUGAAUGGAGAUAUAUAUAUAGUAGAAUAAUUCAUUAUUUCAAAUAAUCAUUUAGAGUGUGUGCUGGUGUGUCUGCCAGCAUUCUGAGGGCAGAUGGCCACCCUCGGAGAUCAACCUCAGGCCCUCCCCGGGGUUCAGCCAGAGCAGAGGGGCAGGAGGUGGAAGGAUGACCCAUCAAAGACAACUAGGUGGUGUGUAUCUGACUUGCUAAUAUUGGAACUAGAAUUAGAGCUGGGUCUAUGCACUUGCUUCAGAUGCCAAAAUGUUUGCCUCUUCCCCACAAAUACAGAGUACGUUCUCACAGUUUCCUUUUAAUGUUUACCAUCAAGACAAAGGAUUAUUAGCUUAGAUCCAAAUCAUUUCCUAUUAACAUUACCAGCUUGUACUCCAGUGUGUAUCUGUGGACUAUCAUUAAAUAAAUCCACAAACUGGCAGCUUCACAAGCAAGAAAAGGAACUCUACACAAUGAAGUUAAUGAAUUUCUGAUGUGUAUGAAGUUGUGCUUUGAAUUCCAUUUUCUGCUUUUGUGUUUUGCAAUUUUAUCAGUUUGCCUUUGUGUGUGUGUGUUAGAGCUGCAAUUCAGCCUUUUGAUGAGAAGGAAAUUAAGUCUCAGGUUAGCCAUUUCGCCUUCUAGUCCUUUAAUGAUCUGGCGUGAUUCAAGGACGUAUAUUUCUUUUGGAGGAAUGAUGGGUAGUUAAUAUUAAUGCCAUUGAACACAUUCAAAUAAAAUGAACAUGAAGGUU